AUGUCGAAGACGGAAGCUGACGAGGAAUCACCCACUGCCAGCUACUCAUCGUGCCAAAUGGUGACCUUGAUUCUGGUCACUGGGCUCAGCCUCUUCAGUUUCGGCUAUAAUGCUGCGAACAUCGGAGGUGUGCUCUUAUACCUCGAUAGUUCCCACACGGACUGCUUCAAGAGCUCCGUGUGCCUCAACAGCUCCCUCAUGAAGGGGGUCUUGGUCUCCUCUUGCUUGGUGGGCGCAUUUCUGGGCGCGUUGUUCGCUGGGACUCUGGCAGCGCGACGGGGGGCAAGGAGCACGCUGCUGAUGAACAACUUCUUUUUCGUCGCUGGGUCCAUCUGCAGUGCUUUGGCGCCAGGGAUCCUUUGCCUGGUGCUCGCGAGAUGUGUUGUUGGUGUGGGCGUUGGCGCAGCUUCGGCAAUGGUACAUGUCUACAUGGGCGAGGUGGUACCAGCUGAGCGUCGUGGGGAACAUGGAGCCCUUCUAGCAAUGAUGGGCACAAGUGGAAUCCUGGUGGCCAAUCUUAUGUGCUGGUACUUGGCUGAACGCUGGCGAUGGGUCUUAGCUUUCGGAGGCUUGCCAGCCAUGAUUCAGCUCCUCUGGGGCUCGUUGAUUAUGCCCGAGUCGCCGCUUUGGACGGCCAAACUUCAGCGGGGCAGAAGCAGUCCAAUGCAUUCCAUCCAAAUUGUGUGCCAGGACAUCAACAGUCCCGAGAGUAGCGGCCGCAGCGACGUUGCCUGCUUCAUCGAGUCCGGUGGUCCUUGGCUCAAUCUGUUGAAGUCCAUUGGAACAGGACGUGCAAUCCCGCCCCUCAUCAUUGGCUGUGGGCUGCAUGUGCUCGGCCAGGCAUCAGGUAUCAACGUUAUCAUCUACUACGGUCCCAAGAUGCUUACACUUGCAGGGUUUGCAAACUCCGCAGCUGUGUUCAUCAGUGCAGCUCUUAGUCUCUCCCAGAUGUGCUCCACCUUUCUCCUAUCACGCCUGGUGGACCGACUUGGCCGAAAGCCCAUGAGCUUCAUUGGCGUGGGCUGCAUGCUUGUCAGCCUCGGUGGCAUCGCUUAUAGCUACCUUUUGCCUCCCAGUCAUCGUGCUGGUUGGGUGGCACUCAUCUCAAGUUUCGCGUUCCGCGUGGCCUUCUCGGUCUCCUUGGGGCCUUUAUCUUACAUCAUCACAGCUGAGAUCUUCCCAGAAGACAUCCGAGCUCCAGGGGUGUCACUUUGCUUGGCGGUGAAGUGGGUGGCAAACUUUCUGAUCUCGUUGACCUGGCUGCCACUCGCAGAGGUCGUGGGGUUGGCUGGCACAUUCGUUCUAUACGGCAUCAUGUGCGUCUUGGCCAUCGGUUUCUUGGCGAUCUAUGUCCCCGAGACCUCAGGAAAGACCUUGGGGCAGGCAUCUCAAAUUGCCAUGCGGGAGCUGCAGGAGUUCAGCCCCCGCAGCCCCUAA